AUGGGGACUGUGAAAGUAUCUUGGCAGGCAGAGUGCAACACACAGGUAUUCUAUAAAGGCAGACGCGUCAUACACAGAUUAGAUUGUGGUUAUUAUGGAAUAAACCGGGCACAAUGUCAAUCAUAUGGCUGUUGUUUUGACAGUAAAAACGAUGGCAAUAUAACUGCUUUUCAAGUUCGUCAAUGCACUAAAAUAAAACCAGAACAUCGUCUAGAUUGUGGUUAUCAUGGAAUCACAGAAAGACAAUGCAGAUGGAAAGGCUGCUGUUUUGAUAGAAAAUAUAAAAACAAAUUCAACUGUUUUUACCAAAGUAGUGCCUGCGAUGUUGUCAAAGCAAACGAAAGAAUAGAUUGUGGUUGGUAUGGAAUAACUAAAAGCCAAUGUGAAAGAAAAGGAUGUUGCUACGACAAAAGUAUUCUUCAUGCCAAGCACUGCUUUUACAAAGGAAGUCUUUAAGUGAGGAUUCUUCGUUCGCACGACGAUUAAUAAUCUUGUAGUAUAGUCGUAGUCAAAUAUACUCCCUUGUUAUGGCAUUGUUAACGUUCGUUUUUCAUUAAAGUUCUAUUAGUUUAUGAAA